AUGGGCACGAGUAUGUGCACGGGCAUGGGCAUGGGCAUGAGCAUAGGCAUGGGCAUGGGCAUGAGCAUAGACAUGUGCAUGGGCAUUGAGGCGGUGCUGGCGGGCCAUGUGGUGGAGGCGGUGCUGGCAGGCCGUGUGGUGGAGGUGUUGCUGGCGGGCCGUGUGGUGGAGGCGGUGCUGGCGGGCCGUGUGGUGGAGGUGUUGCUGGUGGGAAGCGUGCCGCGCAACCAGAGGGGCGCUGCCUGGGUCGCCAUCGCCACCGCCCAACCCGGGUGCACGUGCUGA